GGACGUGUUGCCGUAGCUAGCAUAAAAGGCUAAGGCUGAGUCUACUUUUUUUCCUGUAUUUAUGAGCACGACGCCCAGAAACCUUCGACCAAUCAAAUUUACGCACACGGACGUUUUACCCAAUCGGAAUUCACGAAGUGAUGACGUAGCCGCGUUCCCACACUGACCAACUUAGGCACUGUGUUUUGUCCGACUUUUAAAACAACUUCUUUACUCCAGAGCGUUGCUGUUUUUAUUCGGAAAAGGCCCUUUCCAUCGGCGUAAGUCGGCUGUGAGCAGUGUGGCGAAUCGGGCGUGGUCAGGGUGCGUGGUGUUGUUCCUGCGCUGCUGUGGUCCAGAACCUGAUCUUCUGUCCUUCUACAAAGACCAGCAGGAGAAGUUCAGUGUCUUCAAGACCAUUAAACUCACUCUGUCAGCAGCAGAUGCUUAUGAAAUAUAUAUCUUUUUUAAAAACCCGCUUCUCUAACGAUUACCACGGACAAGAAUUUCGGCGUCACUAACGCAGGCGAGUAUUUCAGCAGUAAUGACGCCAUGCUGUGGAUCAGAUGUUGCAGGUGGACUCGAUGGUUAUGAAAUCCUCAAGCUUCAUGACGCUGAUCCGUUCCUGGGAGUGGAGCUGAAGUUCAUGGACAUCAGUCCCUGUAGGCGUUUCCUGGACAGCUACUCGUGCGGCUCGCUGCUUCAGUUCCUGUCCCAGCAUGCAUCACGCCUGCUCUCCAUUCCUGACGGUGUGAGCGUGGAGGCCAUGCUCAAGGCAGGAACAUACACCUUGGACCACAGCCUUCAAGAUCAAGAACGCUGUCUACAGCUCAUAUACCAGUCUCAGCCCGUGCGUUUGCGGGAUGACGAGGUCACGCAGCUCGAGCAGCAGCUACAGAACAGCUAUAUCCCCCCCAUCCCAACACAGAAGGAAGUGCCCAAGAACUGCUUCCUGUUCCAGAAACGGCUCUUCGACGACAGGCCUCUGACGCCCGCAGAUCAGCAGUGCUUCGCUUCUCACGUGGGCCGCGAUUGGAAGCGAGUGGGUCGAGCGUUACAGAAGAACUGCCGGGCGCUGAAGGGGACGGCCAUCGACAAUCUCGCUUACGAGUAUGAGAGGGAGGGGCUUUACGAACAGGCCUAUCAGCUACUCAGACGCUUCAUCGAAUCAGAGGGCCGGAACGCCAGGCUGGGGCGUCUCAUCAGCGCGCUGGAGGAUGCCAAGCUGAUCAACAUGGCCGAGAUCAUGUUGGACAUUCAGCCCAGAGAGUGAGGGACUCAAACUGCGUGCGUGUGCAUGUGUGCGUGCGUGCGUGCGUGCGUGCGUGUGUGUGUGUGUGUGUGUGUGUGUGUCUAACUGGGUCUGGUACCUAAAGCUGUAGAGUUUUUUAGUUUAUAGCUUCAUAUAACAUUUUUUAAAAUGCAGCAUCAUCCAUUUAGGUAAAAGUAUAUAAGAUUAGAUUAAGACAGCGGCAGCGUUGAAAACAUCCUGGUGCUAGUUAUAUAGCUUUCACUCCUGUUGAAUCUGAAUCGGAGUGAAACUGAUUCAUUUGAUUCGUUUGGUUUGGUUUGCCUAAAAAAAAAACCAGCAACCUUGUUUGAGAUGUGUAGAGAACUGAAAACGCUCGCAUAAAACGGUUUCAUUCUUUGCUCUGAAAAACAAUGCGGGGGGGGACAGGAAAAGCAAAUCUUUUACCAAAUAAGGGCGUGUAGAAAUCACAGAAAUGACCCGAGCACGGAGAACACGGAGCCAGCCCUGCAUGAAUGAUUAUAUGAUUAUGUAAGGUCUAAAGUGUUGUAAUUUUGUGUGUCGUAUCCAACUUCUCAAAUUCACAGGACUCAGGGCAUUUCAAGCAGCAUGUUUGAUUCACUUUCCACAGGUGAGUCGAUUCAGAGUCGAUUCACUUUCUCACCGGAGUUCACGAGCGCUCGGAUGCUCUCGGGCCCGAGUGUGAUCGCGGUGAGUGUUCUCCCCUGACCUAAAGAACCGCACCGAACACACCAGGGUUCCGUUCAGACUCACUAAACAUUGUGUAUGUGAAGCGUGCUUAACGCUGACGAGAGCUUCGAAGAACGAACAAAUCCAGAGUCGCAGCAGGUCAUCAAUCCUUUUCUCUUUUUUUUUUUUUUCUUUCCUUUUUGCAUUCAGAAUUUUCAACUAUAUCAUGAAGAGCUGCACUUGUUCCUGUGUGUGUGUGUGUGUGUGUGUUCACGUCAGGAGCAAGACCAAGAGCCAGUGUUCUACAUUCGGAACCGAGAACUUUUUAUUUUUUAUGUGCAAUCCAGAAACGUGGAGCAAACGUUGGCGAGCCCAUUCCUGUCUGCUGCGAGUCCGUGUUUAUCGCUCUGUAUCUGCCUGGUCUUUAAUACGGAACCGAUUUCCUGCGGUAUCGGAUCAACCGUGUAUAAAUGAAAUUUUCCGUAUGAAUCGGUCUGUUUCAGCCAGUUAUUCGUGUAAGGAUUAGAUUGCAUGCUUGCUUGUUUUGGUACACGGGAAGCAGAAGGAUGUUUAGAAUCGUAAAUGCUUUUGUAUUAUUUACUCGAUUGAUUGUCUAGCCAUGUCAAGAAUUAUAACGAGCGACCAAACGAACAAAGUGUAGAACAAAGAGCCUUUAAAAAAAUCCAGAGGUGCCAAUAAUUGUCACGUACACGGGAAAUAACGUAAUGGUCCAAUUUGUCACUGAGCAAAUAUUUGGGAAGGUUUUCUUCAUUCAGUUCCGUGAACGUUCGGUGAAAAUCUCGGAUGUUGUUUCCUGCAGGCUGCACUGAAUUGUGGGAAAAAUGGACCCGAUGCCAAUAUGAUUCAUUAUGAAUGCAAAAGAUUAUUCGAUAAAAUGUAUUAAUAAAUAAUAACAAUGGUAAUAAUGAUAAUUUUAUGAAUAAUACAAGAGACAACUACAUCCUUGACGUGUGUGUUUGAGGAAUUUAAAGGGUUAUUUGUUUUUUCUCAUGACCGUGAAUGUCUCUCACUGCUCUAUAUGAAGAAUUUUUCCUCUCAAAUAAAUCUUUUCAUGUUUGUAGAACAACA